AGGGACGCAGUCCCUCCCCCCAAGGGGGCGGAGCCAAAGACAAAGAAGGAGGGGCUAAAGGAAAAGGAGGCGUGGUCGCUGCCAAAGGGGGCGGAGCUUCCGGCCUCCUUCCGCCCCCUGCUGGAGGAGCUGGCCAGGGGCUGGAGCAGCAAAUUCCAGAGCUGCUGACCCCGCCCUGCGCCAGCCUCUGCCUGCAGGGGGCGCUGUCGGCCCUGCACCGCAGCCAAUCGCCUUCCUGCGCCCGCCUCUGCCGCGCCCUGAUUGGCUGCCUCAGCCAGGACAGCCCCGCCCACGACCAGAGCCCUCUGCUGACGUCACUGCAGGACCCCGCCCGCUCCCGCCUCCUGGAGGCGGCCAUGACGGUCCUGGACCCCCCGGGGCUCCGCGAGCUCUUCCGGGGUCACCUGCGGGGUCACCUGAGGGGCGUGGCCUCCCACCGCGUGGCCAAUCACGGCCUGCAGCGCCUCCUGGACCACGCCCCCGAGGACGUGGCGCAGGAGGUGCUGUCGGAGCUGGGCCCCGCCCUGCAGGAGCCGCUGGCGCGGGGUCACGCCGGGGUGGUGCUGGCGCUGCUGGGGGCGGCCCUGAGGCACCCCCGGCUGCAGGGGGAGACCCUGCGCCACCUCUUCCAGGCCCUGGGCUGCUGGGCCCCGCCCCUCCACCCCCAGUGCGUCACCGCCCUGGCCCAGCUCCGCCCCCUGGAGGGCGGGGACAGCGAGGAGGGGGCGGAGCCUCAGCCCCUCUCGCUGUCCCCGUGGGGGUCUCGGGCCCUGCAGCUGCUGCUGCACUUCGGGGACCCCUCCCCAGUUCUGGGGGCGCUGGGGGCGCUGCCCCCCCCGGCGCUGCCCGCGCUGGCCCGCAGCCCCCCCGGCAGCCGCCUCUGGGACGCCCUCCUGGGGUCCCCAAGUGUCCCCAAAGUGACCAAGAAACGGCUCCUCAGGAGGCUCAAGGGGCACUGGGCAGAGCUGGCUCGGGACCGCAGCGGGAGCCGAGUGCUGGACACGGCCUGGGCCUGCAGCCCCCUCCCCCAGAGGGCCCAGCUGGCCGCGGAAUUGGCCCCGUCCCUGCCCUCGCUGCUGCGCGACCCCCUCGGCCGCGGCGCCGCCCGCGCCCUGCAGCUGUCACUCUUCCUGAGGCACCGCCCCCAGUGGGAGGAGCUACAGAGACAGGGGCGUGGCCUGGAGCUCUGACCCCGCCCUGCAGCUGUCACUCUUCCUGAGGCACCGCCCCCAGUGGGAGGAGCUACAGAGACAGGGGCGUGGCCUGGAGCUCUGACCCCGCCCUGCAGCUGUCACUCUUCCUGAGGCACCGCCCCCAGUGGGAGGAGCUACAGAGACAGGGGCGUGGCCUGGAGCUCUGACCCCGCCCUGCAGCUGUCACUCUUCCUGAGGCACCGCCCCCAGUGGGAGGAGCUACAGAGACAGGGGCGUGGCCUGCUGUCUGGCUCCGCCCCCUUUGGAAAUGUCUAAUUAAAAUCUCUAUUUAAAUUUU